UUGACUUCCACUGUACUUUUUAAAGAUGGCUGCCUUUGUUUACCACCGCUGAUGCUGACUGCUUCGAGCGGGCCAAACACAGUCUCAAAUUGAAGAAGGUUAUGUCGAAUUUUUUACCCGAGUUGGAACAACUUAAGUGAUUCAAGCUGGAGUCGACGUGCAAAAUGAACUCCACCAGCCUGUAUGUUUCGACGUGCCGCGUGGUUCUCCAGGCGGACAGCGAAGAUCCAUCCAGCUGGGGAGACCUUUACCGGCUGGUGCCCUAUCUAAGACAAAGUCUGUCCUGUACUGUCUGCGGGAAUUUACUGAUUGAACCUUUCACACCCACGGACACGAACUGUCAGCACCAUGUCUGCAAGGGCUGUCAAGGAGGAAAAAAGAAAUUGAAACCCUCCUGCGGCUGGUGUAAAAACUAUGAAAAAUACGUUGAAAACGUUCAAUUGCGGAUUCUUCUGCAGUGCUAUAAAAAACUGUGCGAGUACAUAACAAGCACAUCGAUAUACCGAAAAAUUGCAUCCGCCAUCCCCACCAAUGGAGGCAGUUUAGUUGAUUUAAUCAACGAAGGUGCAGGUUUCAAGGACGACUACAAGAGUACAGCUGGCCUUUCAAAGUCUGCAUACAGCAUCUUACCAUGCGUGUACACAAGCAGUUCGACGCAGACCUCUGGGGCGAUAGCAACGACACCCUCUGCCACAGCAGCCGUUUCUACUGCGGCGUCCACCAAAGUGGACACUCCUCCCCCCAUUAAAACCGUCUCGAACGGCCAGUCGCUGUACUCAGUCAUGUACGCCAGCGGUAACAAGAUCACCAUCAAACGAAAGGCGAGCGGCGAGCAAAUUUUGCAGACAGCGCCAGCCGCGGCGACUACAGUGCUGCAGCCUGCCACCACCGCGGCAGCCACUGUCGCACAGACGCCCAUGACGGUGGCCACUGCGCCGGUUGAGGUGACUGAGAACGAGUUCAAGAAGCCCAAACAAGUCAGCGUGGUGAAAUCGCCCAAACCGAAAACUAAGAAGAAAGGCUGCCGCUGUGGAAAUGCAACAGCAACACCAGGGAAGCUGACAUGUUGCGGGCAGCGAUGUCCGUGCUAUGUGGAAGCUAAAGCUUGUGUCGAAUGCCGAUGCAGAGGUUGCCGCAACCCUCAUCGUCCAGGAGGCAAAAAGGUGCGGCCACACAUUCCCGAGCUCCAUUCGAUCCAGAUUCACCUUCCGACACAGACGACUGGCCAGACAACAGCGGGUGCAGCUGUCAGCGUGGCCCAGCAGUUGACGGCCACGACGCAUCACUUGCACAACACAAGUGGCGGCAUGAUGAUCACAGCGAGCCCCAGCCGACAGCUGCACCAAAUCGUGGCCACCAGCGUCGGCCACACGUCGACCAUACUGGAGGCGAAGAAUCUGCAGGGCCAGCAAAUCUUAGGCGUGCACCCGCAGCUGGUAUACGCACCCUCGUCCACUCUCAACCUGCAAAACGUGUCGAGUGUGUUGCCAGCAGCCUUGUUAGUGGGGGACGAGAAGUCUCCGUCGAACUCUGAUUCAGAGACUGAGGACAGCGACGUGGACGUUGAUGUGUGACCUGAACUAAUUAUGUGAACAUGUUUGGGGAGCGAAUGGGACUUCAUGACAUCAUCCCUCGUUUUCAUCAGUCGGUUGGGUACUUCAACCGCGUCAAAUGUGUACAUUUUGGCAGUUUUUUCGCCUUAAUUUGAAAUCGCAAUUAGUUCCGACACUUAAUAUGACUUCUUAAGUCAAGGAAUUGUGUAAACUGUAUUCAGCUUUAAUUUACUUAGUGAAAAAUCGGUAUAUAUGAUGUGGAAGAUUUAUAUAUUACUUUAAAAGAACAUGCUGUUCUCUAAAAAUAAAUUAAUCCAUAAUAUAUGCUUCAAGAGCAAAAGUAUGUUUGAAAUCGCGUGCACAUAAUUUUGGUAUUUGCUGUUUUGAAAACUAAUUUGCGUGGUUUCAAAAAAAAUCUUGAUGAGAAAUAACUAAUUAGAGGAAUUUGGUCUAAUGAAAAUUUGAUUUAACGUCUUCCAACUUGUAAGCGAGUUUUCUUUUUCAAAUUCAUUUGCACUUGAAUGCAUGAUGGAUAACAUAAUUUCAUCUCCACCGGUCCUUUUCCUUAUUUGCUUAACAUUUUGUCUGGAAGUAGAAUAGGCUCAGGUUCCAUUAUAUCACGCCAGUUGGGGUUCUUGUUUAAGCGCUGACAAUUUUAGUGGAAAUGUUGGAAAGAUCAUUGCAGAGUACAAGACUUUCAGCAUUCCGAUGUCACACGAUUUUCAGUAUUGGCUACAAUUGCAGGCACGAUCUCUAGUCAUUUUUUAAUAUCAUCUUCUCUAUAUUUUUGUAAUUACUUGGUAACUUUUAGUUCUUACUGACAUUGAAAAUGCUCUUGUAUUCAUUGCUUGUGUAGAUUGGAAAACUUUUGUUAGCAAAGUAUAUCUUUGCCAUUACUUGUGGAUAUCACAUAGAAUGAUUGAAUAAAUGAUUAGAUCUUAAAAUAA